AUGGAGCCAUCGAAUCGGGCACCUGCAGAGACACGCUCUCCGGGUGUUCAGAACGGCGUAGAGACACCAUUUGUCCGACCACCACUCAACAGAGCAGAUUCUCGAUCAUCCCUUUCAUCACCAUCACCACGACCACUUGGUCCUCAACAAAGGCCCCAAUUCUUUCCUGGGGGUCCAGUCACAAAUUCACCAUUAGGACCUCGACCAGGAGCUCCUACACCUAGAAGUCCACUUUCUACUGGACCAGGGUCACCCUCUGUUCGACCACAGGUGCAACAAUACCGUCCUGUUGGUCCUCAGUCAAUAGCACCACAACAAGGCCCUCGGCUACAGCAACCUCAAUCUCAACCUCAACGACCACCAGUUCCAAAUAAUUUGCAGUUUGGCCCUAGGCAGCCACCCCAAUUUGGUGGUGCUUCCACACCUGAAGGGGUAAGGCCAAAUAUAAACCCACAGGCAAACGGAUCGUUUAGGCAAAAUACGCCUUCUGGACAAAACUCAGGUCAAAUUUCGAGGCAAUCAUCACAAAAUUCACUAAACAUUUCUGAUUCUAACACACCUCAAAACAAACCAGCCAAUCUGGAUAAUCAAAAUAUUAAUAAUGAAAGUCAACAUAUCAACAAGAUUGAAAGCAAUAACGAUAUGGCUGGUGCAGCAAAAGGGCGUAGUUUCAGCAUUUCAGCAGCGCCGGGGGCACCGAGCCCAUUUAAAGCGGAAGAUGAUAGACGUAAAUCUGUAAGCGCUGUUAGUGGUCGAUACGAUGAUUUAAAUAUACGAAACCCUGGCCUGGGACAGAUACAAGAGACCGUUGGUAGUAAGGAUAAUAUUCGUGGAUCUAAAGAAAGUGUACGAUCAGAAGCUUCUAAUGACGGAGCUCGGGACAUAACUGAUCGCCCAGAAACACGUUUAGCUGGAUCCAAGAUGACAGAAUCUUUCAUGGGCUCACUAUCCAAUUUAGCUACAAAGAAAAAAAAUGAUGACGAUGACGAUGUUGUUUCACAAAACAAAUUGGGUGUGGGCAAGACUGAUGGCCAACAAAAUAAAACUGAUCUCUCUGAUCGCUCGCCAUCAUUAACAAGAAGUGACGAUUCGCCAGAGCCCAAAAAUGUUUUACAAAAUCCUAUUUUGCCUAACAAAUCACAAAGUGUUACUCCCGAACCACAAAGACCAAAGACACCAAAAAUCGAAGUAAAACCAGAUAUUUUUGAAUCUAAAAAAACUAUAAGUCCAACUUCCCAGAGAUCAGAGUCGAAAUCGCCUAUGUUGGAAUCUAAAUCUCCCAUACCUGAUAAUAAAUCUCAUACGCCAUCAAAAAAGAAGCCGAUGGACCUAAGUACAAAUCAAACGCCAGUUGAUUCUAAGAGAUCUACGCCGCGAAAAGCAGCAUCUGCACCUAAGUCGAGGCCGAAAGAUGGAGACAAUGACAGUGGCGUUGAUGAAUCCACUCAAGGAAAUGACUUAAAUGGCUCCCCAGGAUCACCAAACAAGCCACUUCCCAGCAAAUUGCCAACUAAAGAGAAGUCAAAUAGCAGCCUAAAACCAAGCCUUUCUAGAUCUUCGAGCAAAAGUGCUACUGCUAAGACACCGGAGACUCCUGUGCCGAUUGACAAGAAAAAAGUACCGAUGAAUAAAAUACAAGUCGGAAGUGCACCAUCACCAAAUAUUAAAGCUGUAAAGUCCAAGAUUGGAUCCUUGGAAAACACAACAUACAAACCUGGCGGAGGAAAAGUGAAGAUCGAAAAUCGAAAACUCGAUUUUAAUAAUGCAGCUCCAAAAAUUGCAGCUAAGAAUGAGGCGUAUACUCCUAGUGGUGGCGUAAAAAAGAUAACGUCAACAAAGCUGGAAUGGAAUGCCAAAUCGAAGAUAGGUUCUCUACAAAAUACGUCCUACAAACCAGGAGGUGGUGACAAAAAGAUAGAAACCGUCAAACUGGACUUCAAAGAAAAAGCUAAACCGAAAGUUGCAUCUACUGUUAACAUUACUCACAAACCAGGCGGUGGAGCUAUCAAGAUCGAAAACCAAAAGUUGGAAUUCAAAGCACAAAGCAAAGUGGGCUCCCUCGACAACGUGAAACACAGACCAGGAGGCGGUGACAUCAAAAUAUUCGACGAUAAAGAUUACAUAAAGCAGGUCGGAGGUCACUCCCCUCUUCCUAGUAGUGGGCAGUCACGGCAGGAGAGUCCAGUACCGCCGCCGGCGCAGCCUCCAAAGGCGGACGAGAAUCUGAAUGAGCAACACAGUUAA